AUGCAGUCGUCUUCGACACUGGAGAACAAGUCUUCCCUCGUAGUAGUCACGUCUUCGCCGGCACAAAUAUCUUUGCUGUCGACAACAUCUGCUCUAGAUAUUUCAAGCUCUCCCAGUGUCACAUCCGACGUCUCAAGCAUCCUCAGCGGUAAUAAGCAGCUCGACAUCCGUCACUGGGCUGAUAACAACAAGCGCAACAAGUCUGGGUUCCUUCACCCAACCCAGUACCUCAACAAUUCUAGUUCUGAGCUCUUCCGUGGAGCCGCUCUCAUCCGCACAUGCGACAUUCAGUUCAAUUUUGUCCAGCAGCCAAAUUGCGAGCUUCUCUUCGGAGGCAGCUGCAAUCUCUCUUUCUGGUACCUCGACUAUCCUCUCCUCACCCAUCAGCACAUUGAGGGCAUCGUCGAGUACACUUCCGAGCUCGAUGACCAGUUCCACGGAGAGCUCUACGACCAGUUCGGCAACUCGCUUGGCAAGCAGUACUGUGACACCAGCCCCGGCAACAAGCAGCUCAACCACCCGCUCGAUGAGCAACUUUCUGCCAAGCUCAAGCUCUUCGAGAUCAUCAAUGGCAGGCACUGCAAUCAUUUCCACCACUUUGACGACCAUUUCUACUGCAUCAUUUACUACCAGUACAUCAAUAUUGGCUACGGCCAUAUCAAGCACGUUGAGCAUAUUGAGCACCUCGAGUACGUCAAGCACGGCGAGCACUUCGACAUCCAUGACUUCAACCUCCAUCGUUUUGACUACACAGAUCACGUCGACACUAAGUACGGCAAUCACCUCAACCACCUCGACCACCCUAGGCACGAUCACGUCCACUCUCACUUCAACAUCUACCAUUCCGAUCACUUCCUCCACCCCAACCACCUCAACUAUCCUAACUACUCUGACUACCCCGACCACUGUAGCGACUCCGACCACGUCUACUUCCACCUUGGUAGCUCUAACUACUGUAACUACUCCGACCACCACGACCACUCUUACCCCUCUGACGACUCCGAAUACUCCGACUACUCUGAGGGCUCCUACAACUCCCACCACUCUGAUCACUUCCACCACUCUCAUUACUGCUCCUACUUCAAUUACUCCGACUACCACAUUCACUCCGACUACUCCGACCACUCUCCUCACUAUGACUCCUCCAACCACUCUGACAACUCUGACCACUUCAACGUCGACCACGUCGACCACCUCGACUACCUCGACCACUUCAGCUGCCCGCCAACGGGCUUCCUCGUCCAGGGAACAAGCUCGGGCGUCACCUUGUCAUCCGUCGACAUCACAACUGGCCAACAAACAUUAAUUCGCAGCAACAUCGCGGGAAACUCGGAAGUCAAUGCCCUGGGCUAUAACGCGCGCGAUGACUACCUCUACGCCGUGGCCCAAAAUGGCCUCCUUACGUCCAUCUCGAUCAUCCGCCUCAACGCCCGCGGCGAUGUAUCCGUGGUUGUCCCUCAGGUUGCCAACAAGCUCGCCCUUCUGGGCGGCUUCAACGCGGGCGACGUCGACGAGAACUCCCAAUACUGGAUCUCCACCAGCGGCAAUGACUGGUACCAGUACGACCUGCGCCCCGGCAGCGCCACCUACGCGCAACAGAUCGCCUACGGCACCCUGCCGCUGCUGUCUCGCCCCACACAGGUCAUCGCGGACUGGGCCUACGUCCCCGGCGGCGGCAACUUCCUGUGGGCCAUUGGCACGGCAGCCGGCGGCCGGACGGUCCUCAUGCAGUUCAGCCGGUCGACGAAGCGGUGGACGCAGGUGCGCGACUUUGGCAACAUUGUCGGCGGCACGCUGCUCAACCAACCGGUCUGGGGUGCCGUGUACGCGAGCGCCAAUGGGUUCCUGUACGGCACCGAGAACCUCACUGGGCAGGUCUGGCGGUUUCCCGUCUUGUCGAGCACGGCGCCGGCGACGAGUCUGGUCACUGGAUCACCGGCAACGCUCAAUGAUGGUGCGAGAUGUCUGGAAGCGUCGAAUCUGCCAACGUAG